AAACAAUAAAUGACAUCAUAUUCCCAGAAUUCUAGGUAUCCACCUUCCCAUGACGAAUUCAACAUAGGCUUUUACUUCGCCUCUUCUCCGCUUGAUCCAAAAUGUCUGAGAAUACGGCUACACCGCGGAGUUUCCACUUGUAUAACUGCGACAACACGUACGAUUUGGAUAGUGUCGAGAAGCUCAUAAAGGCCGUCGCUGGCGAGGUACAAGUCCACCAGACCUACUUCCCUUUGCCUCGUAUGACUCAGCUAUCGCAGGAGCUGGAAGGAAAAACCAUGGACUGUGCUGUGUUUGUUGUGCAUGCUUACGAGUCGAUUCUAUCAAUCAACCAGGAUAGAACGGAUGGCAUCGGAUACACGAAGGUCUACCGUGCUCUCCUUCGAGCUACGGAGGGCCGUGUGCUGAUUGUGAUUGGUGGAGACGAUAACUACAAGACUCAGGAGGAGAGGGACACCUCGGUGCUGUCCCAGUGGGCGCGUGGGAAAGUCUCCUCCCAGUUCAAGGAGGAGUACAUGAACGGCUCUCGCAGCUUCAUCUUCUCAUGGGAUGAACACCACCACCCCAUACAUGAGGACGCUUUACAACACUUCCUGGACCCCAAGAUCUUUGUUCCAAAGCCACGCCCAACCCCUCUCCCCUGUCAGUCCCAGCCAGUACCUGAUGUACAAGAGCCAGUGCAAUCUUCUGAAGUGUCUCCAAUAUCCUCCCCCACUCAACAGGAGCACUUAAUGGAGGGUGGUUCUCUUCUCGCAAGCACCGGUCACCAGGAUGUCGAGGGUAGCCAUCAGUUGGUAGCACAGGAGGCGUCUCCAGACCAGGCUAAUCUCCGUUAUCGAGUGCAGUUUCAACAAGUCAACAAAGGCCCUUCAUUGCAAUUGUUUACUUGGACAAGCCGAAAGGAGACAUUAGACAUCGUCCACAACUUUAUGUCAUCAGUCUACAACAACCUCUCGCUCCCAGGCCCUCCCGAUGCGCCGCCUGUUCCUUUUGAUGGAUUUUUAAGCCAUCUCAUAAAGGCUAAGCUCGAUUAUGCUGUGGCGGCGGUGGAAAUGGCACAGAUUGAUCGAGUUGUGAAGGAUUCUAACCUCAGGAAUCUAUGGCGCACACGUUUAGAGAGCUUAGCAAGGUAUAUAGGUAAAAAGGCAAUAAUCCUUGUUUGUGACGAUGAAACUAAUACCGGCCAGAUGACGUCAGGGGGCGUACUUGACGUCAUCCAACAUAUCAUGAGUCCCAACGAAGCAAAUGAUAAACUGCUUGUCAUGUCAUGGUUUAUGAAACCUGGGGUCAUCCACAUGGACGCCUUGAUGGACAUCUUGCGUUACCAUGGUGACGUUAGAUCAGAGCACAUCAGACAGGGUGGAGGGGGAGGCCAUGGCAGAGAUGAAUACGAGGAAUACAGAAAGCAAGUUGAGAUUGAGAUAUCGGAUGCGAUAAGAGAUGAGCAGAAGAAGAAAUACCGCGCUGCUCAAUAUCAGCACGAAUCCCUACCUUGUACCACAGAUUACCAAGAUCUGCGCAAAGGGGGGCCAGGUUCCGAAAAGCUAUCCAGCGCCCAGCCCAAGCUUUGUUAUCGAGCUUUGCUUCAACAUGGUAGAGUAGCCGAGUGUCUAGUAAGAGACCCACCGACAUUCAAGGUGCCUCAGGAAAUGUUACAAGACGCGCCGCGACUUAACCUGGACAAAGCGCAAACACUAGAGAUCUGGGAUCUCGGUGGUAAACUCAUUCGAACUGAGCGCAUUUUUGACGAGUUCCAUCGUGUACUGCGAUAUCGUGCGACAAUAGAAUACGGCAAGCUUGCUUACCCAGAUCACGUUUACCCCCCGGGAUCCCAACCACCUCAGUACAUGCUGGACGACAUGAUAUCAAGGCAUAGCCAAGUUCCCAAGGCUGUUCUGACAAUAUGGGAGAACGGACAGGGGGGGUUAAGCCCAGCCGUUGAGACCGGUUUUCGGAGUUGGCUCUCUGAAAUUUUUGCUAAGACUCUAGUCAAACAAGCUUAGCAAAACUCCAUUGAUUUAUGAAAACUCAAACAACAAUAGGACUAGAAGACCUUCUUUUUUGAAGUUUUUUAAUGAUUAUAAAUGAUUAUAAGUGAAAAAUAAGAGGACAGUGGCUGUGGUUCAAAUUUGGUCACUUAAGAUGAAUGUGAUUUUUCGGAUCUUUAGUGACAGAUUUAGAAAAAUAAGAUAUCGUGUGUGCAACUUAUUCUAGGAACUCAUUAUAUGACAAUAAAUCUGAUUAGAUAA